AUCUGUGCUGGAGGUACUUCUAGUAGCAGUGAUUGUUUAAAGUGUCAUAAGUGAGUCAACAUCAAAUUGAUGUGUUAUAUUGCAUUUCUCUGGGUGAGCAGAACUCUUCAGAUUUAUUCCGCUUUUUCGUACCGUAUUUAAGUGGAGAACACUAUGCUGUUUCCCAGAAGUUCAUGAGCAUUACGUUUGAUUCAUACAACAGCAUUUACUGAAAUUUUUGGUACAAGUAUGUUGCCGUCAUAGCAAGACUUUUCUGGUUGACUACAACUGUGUGACUCUGUGAUUUCUAUGCGCUGCCACAAAGUAAGUGGAGAGUUCUGGUUACUGUCAGAAUUAAAUUCACACUUUCACAGUUUGGAAUUUUAUGUCUGAAAAUCCUUUCACCGUUUACACUUAUCUGACUUAAAAAGUGAAAUGUGAUAGCGUAUGCUGCUCGGACCUUCACUAUCUGUAAGAGGAAGUGAUUUAUUAUUUAAAGAUCUUGUAUGCUUUAUAUAGCCAUUUAUUUAGUAAAAUAAAGAUCAAGCCAGUGAAAUGCCUCAGGUUCUGUUGCUUUGUGAAAGGUGCUUUCAAACAAUAGCGUGUAGACUAAUCCUUUAUGUAAGAUAUAGUUAAUUUUAAGUGUGUGGGGUGAAGAAACUGGAGUUUCUUGAGUGGUAAGAAUCAUAGGUGAUUUUCAGAAGUGCAGACACCAAGUUAAUGAUAUUCUUUUACUCUAAGUUUACUUCAUAAUCGUAGUUCCAGUUUGGGGCCAUCUCCAGAAAAUGUAAAUAUUAAAAAGAGAGGUAUAUAUAAUUUUUGCCACCACCUAAUACUUUGAUAAUGCUGCUACAGUAUACUUUGGAUAUGUCUUUUUUAUUAUUAUUUAACACAACUGAAAAUUAUGCUGCAUCUGGGUGUCGAUCACUUUAAGUGUUACUUUUGUCACUGAAAUAUAAUUGAAUUUUGGUACAUGAAUUUUGGAAGAGAUAAUCUCUAACAGGCCUAUAGCAUCAGUGUUUGAAAUGACAAGAUUCUGUAGUUUCUUUAUUUAUCAAAUUAUCUUGCACAGUGAAUAUAAUGAAGAACAGUUAAUUACGUAUGGUUUUAUCUAACUUUUUAAAUUACUGAUUUAGUGAUAUGGUAUUCUCUCUGGCUUUUUUGCUCAAACGUAGAUGUAUUUUAGAGAAUCGUAUCAGCGUAUUCCAGGCUCACAGAAGUCUAGAUUUGGUUGAGCUUGGAGCUUGGUAAGUACCUGUAGAGAGAAAUGUCCCUUGGUGUGGCUGAGGGACAGCAGGUCGAGGGAGCAACUCUUCCUCUCUGUUUGGCACUUGUGAGACCAGCAAGGUGGUUAGGGGGAGAAACUGGGAGAAACUGGGUGGUGUGAGUUUGGUCAACCUUAAUAAGAGAAGGUGGAGGAAGGGGAGAUCUUACUGCUGUGUAUGGGAAGGUGUUGAGUCAGACUCCUCUUGGAGGUGCACGGCAGUAAUAUGAGAGUCAAUGGACACAAGCUGGAUUAGACACAGGGAACGUUUUUUAGUUUUGUUGGUUUCUUUUUAACCCGAAGAAUGGUCAAACGCUGGAGCAGGGGCCUGGUAAGGGCAUGAGUGGCUAUCUAACUGGGCAAUGGCCUGUGCAACCAGAUCUAGCUUGUGCUAGGUGGCUUCUGAAAAUCCCUUCCAACCUAAGCUGUCCUGUUUUUCUAUGAUUACUCAAGAAACAGGUGUUAAAGCUUUGGAAAUUAAUCAUUAAAAUUAUCCUUAGGAAAACACAAACACAAUAAAGUAUGCAAGAAAGCUUAGAUUUCCUUGACAUUGCAUCUGGAACUGACAUACUGUUAUCACAGAACCAUCUAAAGAUAACUUUAUUUAGCAUAUUAUAUUAACUUCAAAAAAAAUGGUAAAUCUUUCUUGCAUUUUUUCUUAUCGAUAAUUUGUAGCUUAGAAUUUUUAUUAUGAAAGCUGCUACGUUGUUUGAGGAAUCAUCAAACAGAAGACCUGAAGAGAAUGUAAGGAGUUUUUAUGUUUCUUCCUAAGUUUCUUAGGAAGGUACCCUUAGUUUGCAGUGAAUGGUAGGCAUCAGUGCCUUAAAAAGGCUCUUAGACACUGCUGUGUUAGUGAAUUUACAGUCUGGGAAUUUGGAUGGUGGAGAAAAUGACUGUCCAGAGCCCUGUGUGCAGCUAAAUACUUGAAUUUUAAACCAUUGCUGUAUUCAGAUUACCUGCUCAAGAUACACGGCCACCGGCUACAUUAACUCUCCUUCCACAGUGGAACAAUUUGAAAACCAACAGGGUUUUUUACCUUGGUAAAGGUAUAUUGUGCAAAUAUUAGCUUGAAAGGGGCUUUUUAGGAUGUCUGAAGACGAUGAAAAAGUUAAGCUCCGUCGAAUUGAACCUGCCAUUCAGAAGUUCAUUAAAGUGGCAAUUCCGACAGAUUUGGAGAGAUUAAGGAAACACCAAAUAAAUAUUGAGAAGUAUCAAAGAUGCAGACUCUGGGAUAGAUUGCACGAUGAGCACAUUAACGCAGGACGAACAGUUCAGCAACUCCGAGCCAAUAUGAGAGAGAUGGAGAAACUUUGUUUGCGAGUCCGACAGGAAGACAUCCCUGUUCUGCAGAGAAUGAUAAAUCCAGUGAAAGAGGAAGCUUCAUCUGCCAUAAAAGACUUCUUACAGCUCCAUUCUGAAUCUGCAGAAGAACUUAAAAGGCAACUAGAAGGACAGGAGGAUGGCUCUUUAACCAGAUCCAUAACUGUAGGAGGAGAAACUUUAUAUAACACGGAAGUGAAGGAUGGGUCCCAAAGUUUAAUCCAGAUGUAUUCUCCCCUUCCUGAAAUACCUCAGAAUGAAAAUGCAGCUGAGUCCUGGGAAACUUUAGAAGAGGACUUGAUUCAGCUUAGCCAGUUGGUGACUGAAUUUUCUGUGUUAGUCAACUCUCAGCAGGAGAAGAUUGACAGGAUUGAAGACCAUGUCAACAGCGCUGCUGUGAAUACUGAAGAGGGAACCAAAAACUUGAGGAAGGCUGCGAAAUACAAGCUGGCAGCUCUGCCUGUGGCAGGUGCUGUCAUUGGGGGAGUGGUGGGGGGUCCUAUUGGGCUCCUUGCAGGCUUCAAAGUGGCAGGAAUUGCAGCUGCACUUGGUGGUGGGAUUUUGGGCUUCACAGGUGGAAAAUUGAUACAAAGAAGAAAACAAAAACUGAUUGAUCAGGUCUCUUCCAGCUGUCCGGAGCUUUCUUGCCAAAGAGCCAAAAAAUCCAGCUGAAGUAUAGGUUCAUCACGACUAGGAACAAAAGUAUAGUAGCCGUGCUAAUGACAGACUUGCAGCCUUACGCUUUAAAUAUGAGGCUGGGUUGUGUGAACUUGUGUGAAAUUUUGCCAGCAAGUACUGUUAUUGUGGGUGGGGGGAAACGGUAAUGUCAGAACUUCAGAGCUUCCUCUUUUCAGAUGCGAUAAGUUGCAUCAGUCUUUUAAGAAUUACCUGGGUAACUUCUUUUAAUUACAGAAUUCUUAGGUGAGACACAUGCACAGCCGUAAUGAUGGAUGACAGGUGUUUCAUGCUGAUUUGCACAAAAUGUCUUUCAAACGGUACCGAGGGAGAGACUUGGAAAACCCUAGUGCUUUCUCAUGAACACCACCCAGAAGCUGGAACUUAUAUUGUAAUUAAUUAUAUUUUAAUCUAAUGCCUGUCCUCCAGAGACAGGGAAAUAAGCUCCCAUCCAUCUUUCAUGUUCAGAGUACUUCAAAAUUUACUUCCCUUUAUCAGAAUUCCCAAACGCCUCCUGUGUGUGCCUGUUCAAAACUUGCACAGGGAAGCAUUAGGUGCUAUAGAGUAAGGUUAAAAUGGUGGGUGAGCAAUGUGGAGAAAAAAUGCGUGUAUAGCCAGCAUCUGUCUGAAUCAGCCAACUCAGAUCAGCAUCAUCAUUAGUUUUUUCCCAUUUUCAUAUAGUUUUUUUUAAUUUGUAAACUCCCCAUUUGUUCAAAGCAUAGUUCAAUCUUAGCCUCAGAAGCAACCCUUGAGGACUGCCAUCAGAGAAUACUCAUUUUCCAUGGCUCUUCAGCUCCUUGGCACAUCUCAAGAGCACUGCAGACGGAACGAAGUGCCAAACCCUAACCGUUCUGAGCCAGAAGCCUCGGCUUGCUGCAGGAGUGCUCCUGGGUAGAUGCUGCUCUCGAUUCUCAUAGCCGGGCACCGGCAGCACUCCAGUGGGAGAGCUAAGUAGCUUCACUGGAAGGCGGUGCUGCAGCAGGGCCCGCUCCCUCAAUCGUAUUUUAUCCCUCAAAGGUACCAUUAGGUGCCAGGGGAGAGGGUGGUGAAGCAGCGAGGCCCCGUGAGUUACCUGUUAAAUGGUGCCCCUGGCAGCUGACCAGAUCCUGGGACUAGUUUGAAAAUGGCAACCUGAUACUGUUUGCUUCACGAUAAGUAAGCCGUGCUUGUUCACGUCAGCUGCGCACCUCCUGCAGACUGCUUACUGCUGAGGCUUCUGCUCCCUCCUGCACUGCACGGCAGCCUCUCAGCCUUUUCAGUUGAGAGUUUGGGACAUGCUGUACUGUGAAGCCUGCGUAGGGCUAGGUACUGUUUAUAGUAAAUGCCCGUUAUCCUUACCUUCCUUAUUUUGCUGCUUAAGAAGCCCUUUGCUUCUGUAACUUCUGUUGUUAAGUACAGGAGUGCUACCGUUUUUAUUUUCACCUAAGCUUCCUGUUCAGCACGUGGUCCUACCUCCAUCCUUCCAGGACGGUUCCCACACUAUUGCUGCUGCUGUCAGGAGGAACAGAAAGUUGAGUUGGGAAGCUGCUGCUUUACGUUUUUAAAUUGUUCAGUUCAUCCUGAGCGCGGCAAGCUUGCUCGAGUCCUGUUUUAUUAGGUGAACACUAAAGUCAGUGUUCAGCGCUGAGGUUCCCGAGCAGGGAACACGGUACAAGGAAGCAUACCUUUUAGAAAAAGCUCCCUUUUUUAACCACUGCUUUGAUAGCAUCAUUGGAAAGAACCGUCCGCUAAUGACAGAUGAUAGGUUUUUAUGUCUAGGGACACUGUAAACAACUGUUAGUUACAGCACAAGUACCUUUUUCUGAACAGUUCUGUAUUACUUUUAAAAUAUGAUUGAAAUUGUUAUCAGUCAGAGCAUGGUGUCUAUUUUAAGUAGGAGUGAGGCUCAGGGAAGCAAUGUGUACAAGAAUAGUUUUCACAAGUAAUCACGAACAUUGUCAAAACUGCACGUGUUAAAGCCGCAGUGCCUACAUCUGUAAAAUCAGCUGGAGUGGAAAACAUGACCCGAGUAAUUCAGCUCAUUUGCGCCUGUCAUGCAGAAACCCUCUUCUUUAAACGCGUCUUCUUUGGAUGUAAAUACAUUUAACGAGUCUGUAACAACUUCACCCUAUGGCUGCUCAUUCCUGUGAUUGGUAAUUUCUACAGUUAAAGGAAGAAACUAAGGAAGAAGUUCUUAAAUAGAAACUAUGUUUGAUUCUUUGUAUGAUUUAAAAAAAACAGGUCUGCUUUCCUACGGUACAUUGCUAAACCACGUGCAUUUAUGUGCCAGCAGCCACAUCAGAGAUGUUGCAGGCUCUACUCUCUCCUCCUGAAGUGGACUUAAUGCCAGGACAAUCUGAAGUCAGAGCCGAGCUACUGCUACAGCUUAUACAGUCAGCUUAGUAUGGGCUCAUCUCAUAAAAGAUCUAGCACAAAAACUAUUCUUCCUCCUUGCGUCUUUAAGGAAGCAAUUGAAAAACAUUGUGUACACACUAAACUGGGGAGGCUGUUAUUUAAGCCAUGAUUUUUAAAAUAGGUGGGUUAUUUACAUAUGUGAAAAAAUAUGGGCAUCUGAGUAACAGAACUAGCAUUUAAAUUGCUAGGGAUGUUAGUCAGAAGAUAUGCAAAAUAUACAUAAUUCUUUCAGACCAAAUAAAAGUUUUUGCCUAUCA